CGGCCACAAAAGCAGAUAAAACGUCACCAAUGUGAUCACCACUUUAAUGGGAUUUCCAUGUCGUCUUCUUCCGUUUGAUGGUCGUGACAGGGGCUUUAAUUGCCCGGGACAGCCAACCAUCUUGGUGUCACUCAGAAUACUUAAAAUCUUGAUCAUCUGCCAAUCGUCCGGUUGUGCAGAUUUUCAAGUCGAUCUAUCCAGCCUGGACAUUCUUAUUCUAACCUGAGGAACAUCUCUUCUUUUUCUACGACUUGCCUUCGUAUUGUAACGUUAGUGUGUGUUUCUUGAGUGUUUUGUCGGCGCCAAUGUUGGCCAUGUGGUGCAGUCAACUAAAGAAAGCAUUCAUGGAACAUUUCUUCCUUGAUCUUUGAACAUAGACCACCUAACGAAGGUCAGUAAGGGUUUUAAACAUUGUAACGCCCCUGAAGGGUUAAUGUAGACGAAAGAGGAAAACAAAAGGUCUGAAGACGGCCUUAAGCAGAAGAUGACAGAAAAUUGCAACAGAAAUGACGGCUUGGCAGCCGAAAAACGGCCAAUCAACGCAAAUGCAGACGGUAAACAAGAUGGCGGCGUUUACAUCCGGGCACCUCGACGUCCUGGAUAUUUCAUCCAAAGGACACAUCUCGUGAUUGCGUUGGUUGUCAUAGUGAUUUUAAUCAUACUAGUCGGAUUAUUAUCAGGAUUGCUAAACUCUCGCGAGUGCGAGAAUCAAAAUGUUGUUACGUCUUUUGAUAAUCAGACGAUAUCACCAACACCGAUUCCACAAAAACCGGGCAGUCCUCAAAUCGAUCCUGCUCUCCCGUGGGGGAAAGUCCGACUCCCAUCUAACAUCACACCGUCCUAUUACAUCAUCGAGCUGCGUGUUGACUUAGAAAAAUUCAUUUUCCUAGGAAAUGUGACGAUAACUUUAAACAUAACUGGAAAUACACAGUACAUCAUAGUGCAUCAGGCCGAUCUUAAAAUAGACGAUGCUAGUGUGAUUGUGUUAGAAAAAGUCGGCUUCUACUCUCACGCUUUGGAGGUAGAAGAGAGCUUCCACGUGCCCACCCACCAAUUUUACGUGGUCAAAGUCAAACAGGAGCUACAAGUGGGGAAAAUAUACACCAUUCAAAUCGGGAAAUAUCAGGGAGACAUUCGCUACGACAUUCUUAGAGGGAUUUAUAGGAGCUCGUAUACGACUCCUAACGGGACCGUACGCUAUCUUCUCGCCUCUCAGCUCCAAGCAAUAGACGCCAGACGAGUCUUCCCAGGAUUCGACGAACCGGAAAUGAAAUCAAUUUUUGCUGUGACCAUCAUUCACAAGCCAGAAUACACGGCACUGUCCAACAUGCCAGCCAUAAGAAACCGCACCCUAGCCGACGGAUGGGUGAGGACGGACUUCGCAGAUACUCCGAGGAUGUCCACCUACAUCUUGGCCUUCGUCGUGUCUGAUUUCAUCUACAGGGAGGGCAGGACGAAGCAAGGGCUACCGAUCCGCAUCUGGUCACAACCGGACAUGUAUAGCCAGUCUGUAUACGCGUUACGGGUGGCUACGAAGUGUUACGAGUAUUUCACCGGGUAUUUCCAGAUCGAUGAAGUAGUGCCGAAAUCGGAUCAGGUUGCCGUCCCGGACUUCGGCGCUGGAGCCAUGGAAAACUGGGGUUUGAUCAUCUACCGACAAACGGCGCUGUUGUUUGACCAAGACACCUCCGCGGCGAGUAGUCAGUAUUUUGUCACGUUGGUGAUUGCCCACGAGGUUGCGCACACGUGGUUCGGCAACAUGGCCACAAUGAAGUGGUGGGACGACCUCUGGUUGAACGAAGGAUUCGCCAGUACCCUCAUGUACUUUGCCAUGAAUGAUAUCUUCCCGGACUGGAAGGUGUUUGACAUGCAGUUGACUGACAGCAUCUUUAUGGUCAUGACGAAAGACUCCCUGCCUACGUCACAUCCGAUCUCAACGCCAAUCAAAGACCCGGAUGAUAUUGCGCAAUUCUUUGAUUCAAUAUCUUAUGACAAGGGUCUAGCCGUAUUGAGGUUGCUUAGAGGGUUCCUAGGUUGGGAGAACUUUCGUCUUGGAUUACAAACCUACAUCCGGCGCUACAAAUUCGGCAAUGCAGAAAUGGCGCAGCUUUGGGCGGCGUUCUCAGAAGUGUCUCACGUGACCCCUGACGUCACGACUGUCAUGGACACGUGGACGAGGCAGAUGGGCUUGCCUUUGGUAACUGUGACCAGGAUUGGUAAUGACCGGGUGUUACUUAAACAGGAGAGAUUCCUACUCAAUCCUGAUGAGAAGUUUGACCCCAGUGACAGUCCUUACGGCUACAAAUGGUACAUUCCGUUCCAUUAUCAAACUCAGGAUAGCUCAAGGGUCAAACUCGAGUGGAUGAACAUGGAUAAAGCUGAAAUCUACCUCCCUGGCGAUGCAUGGAUAAUAGGCAACUACAACUACAUGGGCUUCUACCGUGUCACCUACGAGCAUGAACUAUGGCUGAGGCUGAUCGUUCAACUGAAGACAGACCAUAAGAAACUGACCCAAGCCAACAGGGCUGGACUGAUCGGAGAUGCUUUCAAUUUAGCAAGGGCCUACCGACUGAGCUACGCCGUCGCCCUCAACGUAUCCUCGUACCUAUCCAAAGAAGAAGAUUUCGUCCCAUGGAAAACUGCCAUCAGUUCUAUUAACUGGAUAGAGUCGAUGCUGUCUAGGAGCGAGGUUUACGGACUGCUGCAGACGUACAUCAGGAAUUUAGUGGCGCCAGCUUUCCGUCGCGCAGGUGUGUCAGGACCAAUGCCUACGUCAUUACCUCAGCGAAAACUACGGAGUUUGAUCCUGGACGCCGCCUGCCGCGUUGCAGUACCGGACGCCAUUAAAUACGCACGUGACGCCUUCACCGCCUGGAUGAAAAACGGCUCCUAUAUCAUCCCAGACUACGCCUUCAUCGUCUACUCAACAGGAAUCAAAUAUGGCGGACAGAAAGAGUGGGACUUCCUGUGGGAGAAAGCGCAGAGUACCAAGGUGGUCUCGGAGAAGGAGACAAUGAUGAACGCCUUGGGUUAUACCAGGGAGCCUUGGUUGUUAUGGAGAUACGCAGAAUGGUGUUUUGACCCGACCAGAAUCCGCCAACAAGACAUCCGAUUGGUGUUUACAUAUCUCGCAGCGACACCUCUCGGCCAAAGUAUUAGUUUCACUUUUAUGUUGAUGAAGUGGAAAGAACUGAACGAGAGGUUCAGCAAUGACAACUUUGUAUUACGGAGUGUGAUCGGCUAUAGUACCUCAAAACUGAACACGGAAUACGAACUACAACAGGUGAACAAGUUAUUCAAGGAGACUCCCCCUGACGGCAAAGCCCAGAACGAAGCAGACAAUGCCAUUGCUCUUUUAAAAGCCAACAUUAAAUGGAUGAAGAACAACUACGACACGAUAGCCAUCUGGCUGAAGGAGAACGUAAAGGAGGAAACGAAAGGAACAUGAGAUGGUGAUAUUAUCAUCGGAAUCAACUUCUGUAUGGUUCGCUGCAGACCUGUGCAUUGUACGCUAAUAAACGGAGCCAGUCUAUGACUUGGCAACCGGCAACCAUUGCCGAGGCUUGGAGAUUGGAAGCAUAUACACGUGAAUGGACGAGAUAUCACGCGCCAAAAUUGAAUACUGAGGGAUCUCGAUUGUGUAUCACGUGACGGGUUGUAAGCCUGUCCUGUGACAUUCUGUAAACCAACAGACGAUUUAAGUUGAUAAAUGACCAGGAAAGGUUUGGCAAGUUUGAAAAUCCUCGAUCAAGGUCUCUUGAUCACCUGACAGUCGUGGCCAUGUUCUUGAUCACAUGACCAGUCAUUAUCGUCAAGAUUCCCAAAUGGAAUUAUUGUUUGUACAUAACAAAGUUUACCUCAGUAAUGAAAUACUCAUGAUCUGUUGACGUGAGUCGCAAAAUUUGAUGACGUUUUCGCGAUAUUUGCUGACGAAGUACUCUUUGAUGUGUUCGGAAAGCAGUCUUUCCUUGGUGCAUCAGGGGAGGUUGUCAUCAAAGAACGAAUCUUUUGCUAAUGAAAUUUGUAUCAUGUUGAAUACCUCAGUAUCUAAGCUUCUUUAUAGUUUCAAACACAGGCGUCAGAUCAAACUUGCUUUAAGCUCUGAACAGAGUCAUUCGAGCAUAAAAUGAGCGACAUCUUACGCCUAUUUCGGGCAACUUAUAUCUGUAUAUGUACUGUCUCCAUUUUAACAAAAGACGUCUUCGAUUCAAUCAUCGAAAUGUAAGCGUAUAAUGUACACAUGGACACGUGAUCGUAGUUGUUGUGAAAAGUCCUUGACGUCAUCAGUGGAGAGAAGCUGUGACUGAAAAUCACAGGCAUUUGAAAAAGUGACAUAACCUUUCAUGGAGUAACCGUUCUGAAGAUGUCUGGGGUUCUUGGUUCUCCCUCGUUGUUGCUGAGCGUUUAACAAAGUGAAUGAGCACAACGAACCGCUUAUCUCUUUGGGAUGCAGAUCAAGCGAUUUAUAUAAACGACUCUUUUUCAUCGACUGUCCUGGCCAUAUGUUUUUGCAUCCAAUGUCGUGUCUUCAUUGUUAAUUCAAACAAACAAAACGUAUGUAUCCAAUGAAUUUCGGGCCCUUUUCUUACUUUCAGUGUGAUAUCCCAAAUCGGAACUAUUCCGCGUGUAGUACGUUCUUGUCGAUACGGUUCCGUUCUAUUGAAUCCUCCCUAAACACAUCCGGCUGUGAGAAGAAACGAUUCAAUCUAUCGGAACCCGAUCUUCUCGGACGUAGUAUGAUUCAAGGAUUCAAUAGAUCGGUACCGGAUCCACUUGGACGUAGUAUACGCGCUAUUGUUCACAUUUGGGACAUUAUACACCGUGUUUACCCCUUAAGAAAUCCGUUUUUCUCCUGAUCACGGUUGUGGGUCUUUAUUUCAUCAUGUUAUUGUACAUUUUCUCUCUGUAUAAAUGUCUUGUCUUUCAUAAUGAUGUUGUUAUAUGAUUAUAUAAGUUUAUAUUUUAUACCUUCUUGCAAGAUGGCGAAAUGAUUUUAUGAACCAAGUUCUCGUGAAAUUAUCUAAAUGUAUAAUGUUUCUUUGUAUACAAAUUAUGAUAUACGGGGUGUUCCAAAAGGUUCCGGUAGUACCAAAUGCUAAAAUGGAAAUAUUCGUUCGUUAAAUGCCCGACAACGGCGCUCCAAGCAAUACACUUCCAGCAGACGAGACAACUCGAGAAUGCGUGACGUCAUGGGUGACGUUUCUGUCCAAGCUCCCAAUGAUUUGCUUCCCGGAAGUGACCAACCGGAAGAGGCCAAAUGUACGCUAGCUAGGCUAGUAAACGGUGCUUGUAUCACUAUGUAACCGUUACUAAUGGCGAGGCUUGGAGAUUGGUUUCUGUCGUCACUUGUGGUCUCCCGAAUUGACUCCACAAGGGUUAAUGUGGUCGGGAAUGAUUCGACAUUAAACUACAUCAUUUCUUAUAUCAUUUGUAGUUGAUCUGGCCAUUCGUCGAUCGUAGAUGUUGCGAAAGCUGUCGAAUGCUAACGGACACAGGCCAUGCAACUGGUGUCAUGUGACUUCAAAGCAUGGCAUGGUGUUUUCCUGACGAAAUAAUCUUUACUCGAUCAUUUACUGCAUCGUUUUGGGACACCCUGUACUGUGUUGUCAAAUGUUGAAUGACGUCAUAUUUGCGAGACUGAGAAUCUUCGAAUUCGGACGAGAUAAUGAAAAGGAUAAGAGAUUGUUCCGCUAAUGCCAACACUAACGCGAUGUUUUUAGCAUGACCUGACUCGGUCAGCCUUAUUGCUAAUGCGCUAUUUACUUGCAUGUCGGCUCUCGCCUUUUCCGGUCGGAUUGGCCAAUAUAAUAAUAGGCAGCAAAUGAAAAUGGCUGCCCAUACCGACGAUCGAUGUACCUGUCGGGAACAUCGGGAACUAUUCGUUAAGGCACAACCAGAAACCUCGGCCCCAAAUCAUUAAUCUGGACAAUGCAUAGGCGAUACACGGAGACAUAGUGACCGUUGUCGCCGUUUAAAUACAACGAUUCGUGACCAGUUGGGUAACAUAUCUUCGUCAUAAUGCACGCGUGCCCUAUAUCGCGUUCCGUGGAAUUAUUUGAACGUGCAUCGCCGAGUAUAUCGUCUAUACACGAUAUGUCACUAGAACCGAUUUGAAAUGAAAGUCUCAGACCACUGGAUGUAACACCCUCAA